ACAGCCUGUCACAGAGCUGCUGGCCAUGGAGGGGCCGCACCGCAGCCGCCUGCUCCUGCUCCUCUGCCUGCUCCCGGCACCGGCCGUGCCAGGCCCACCGCCGCCUCGGGAGCCGCCGGCCAGCACGGCGGACCCCGCGGCGCAGCUGCUGCGGGGCCAGCCCUGGCUGCCGGCGCGGCCCUACGGCCUGUCGCUGUCCCCCGAGGAUUACCGCUACGCGCCCCAGCCCCGGCACCUGCGCCCCGGGCGGCUGCGCCGGCUGCUGGGCCCGGCCUUCGACCCCUUCUGGAUGGCGACCGAGGAGCCCCGCGGCCGCAACGGGAGCACCCUCGAGGAGAACCUGGAGUCCGUGAGCAGGGAGCUGGCCGAGGGCGCCGGGCGGUAUCGCCGCAAGCUGUGGCGAGAGGCGGAGGGGCUGGAGCUGCCCGCCCUGCUGCCCCCCGGCCCGGCGCUGCCCCCAGGGCUGGCGGCGGCUGCGGCCCGCCGCCUGCGGCAGUGGCUGGUGGAACGGGCCGCCUGCCGCCUCACCUCCGCCUGGGUGGACCUGGGGCCCGUCUUCUGGCCGCGCUGGGUGCGCCACACCACGUGCGAGAGCGGGCCCGCCGGCUGCUCCUGGCCCCCCGGCAUGGCCUGCCGGCCCGCGCAGCUCAGCCGCAUCAAGCUGCUGGCCUGGCACUGCUGGGGCCCGCAGCAGCCCGGGCCCCCGAGCUGCACCUGGCGCCACAUCCCCUACCCCGUCGUGGCCGCCUGCAAGUGCUCCUGCCGCUGAGGGGGGCUCGGAGGUACCCCCCGGUGCCUGGUCCUGCAGCCAAAAGGCCUGAAGAGGCAAACAUCGGCCUGGACCCACCCUCGGAGCGGGGGGAAGCCCCCCGAAAAAGAAAUAAACCUCCAGGAAGGAAGUGGGGAUGGCUGCGGUCCUUGCUGUGUCUCGCCAAAACCCCUGGGUGGUGGCUGCGGCUGCUUUGGCCCUCAUCCACCAGCGGCAUCAGCACCAGCGGAGGCCCUUGUGCAGCAUCUAUCUCCAGCAAAGGAUGAGGGAUGGAGAAAUUAUGGCACUGAAGGGCAGGUUCAGACCCCCUCUGCACCAGCCCCAGACAGCUCAGUCCAAGCUGCGGCAUCCCUGCCUGCCCGGCUGGGCUGCAGGCAGGGAGCCAGGGCAAGGGAAUUCCAGCAAAAGGUAGAGGUGGGUCACUGCUCAGGGUGGAAACAGCAAUGUGGAGAGGGCUGCAGUCAAUCAGUGGGCAGUGGGGUGUUUUGGGACUGCAGUAAGGCAGCCUAGUGACAGUAGAUGUGGGAGGUGGGCCAUGACCCAGGGCUGGGAGCAUUUGUGGGGCUAGGUGUACAUGAAAAUGGGAUGGAAUAGGAUCCCCCCCACUAUGCCACACUGCAGAGGGUGACGGCUCCAGACUCAGGACUGCCUGAGCAGCACACAGGGUGUGGGGUAGGUCAGGGAGCCUGGGGUGGGAACUGCAUCCUCAAAAAGCGGCACCUGCCUCUAUAUUUCACUCAGCAAAACAAUCCUCUGCUUUCUGGGCUGAAAGCUGCCUAGAGCUGUAGAUCAGACCUAGGCUGGAAGGCCUUGAAGCAAUAACGAGCAGGAUGUGCCUCAAUUCAGUAUUAACACGAUGCCUCCAAGUCAAUGCGUACGGCAUUAUUCAUUACCAGUGUGCCAUCAUCUGACCCUCCUGCCUUCCUGGCAUUCCAGCAGCACACAGUCUGCUCCCCAGACAGCUCCACAGCCUGCUGCUGAGCUUGGCCUUGAAGCAGGCAGAGUGCAGGGAGCUGGCUGCUGAGGCACCCGGGAGAUACGGGGGUGAGAGGGAGGUCAGUGUGUCUGCUGAAGAGCAGAAGGGCGAGCCCACACGUGCAUGCAAAAACAACUGUGAGCAUCACAGGAGGGAGGCUGCUCUUGCUGCUCUGGCCUGCAGCUGAGCAGAGAGACAUCCGUGGGGCUGCUCUGCCAAUGAGGAGGACCUGAAAGCUGGAGCAGGGUUAAACUGCUUGGGUUGUGUGCCCUGAGUGGAGCAGAGGCAUCAGCAGGGAUGCCUGCAGAGAGGGAGACCAGGGCUGGGGACCAGCAGGACAGGAAUCCGAGGGAGGGAGGGUGGUACAGGUGUGCAAUGGAGGUGUGCAGGCAGGGGGAGCAAGGGGUGCACAUGCACUGGGCUCAAACCAGCAGUGAUUCAGUUUAGGGCCUCAAACUUCCCCGAGCCCAUCUGGCUGAACUUUCAUCUCUUCCAGGUUGCACAAGGAGCUUGAGAGCAAUCUCCCUGCCUUCCCCAUGCCAAAAUACUGCCUGUUGAAAAGGGUUUGCAGCACUGUGAGGGCCUGGUGCCACAGAAAGGGAACUCCAUACCGUAGUUUAUCAGCAGGCUGAGCUCAAGGCCUGUGGGAAUGGAAAAUUAAACAAAAUCAGCACACAGUUACACUACCAGCUGUUCUAAAAGGGUCUGGCUGCAGUGCCAUUGAACCUACAAGACACAUUUCUCCCCUGUCCUUUGCAUCCUUGUAAAGCCCUACAAUCCUGGAUAAACACCUGUAUUCUUCUGCAGUUGCUCUGGCUCAGAUCAGACAUUAUUGCCCUGUAGUUUGCUCCCUGACAGCCUAGUGACACAUAAGGAUUUCAGAGCAGGUCUUUGCUGAUACAACCCAUUGCUCCAGCACUCAGGCACACUCCACUCCAGCUAGAAUCUCUCCCCGGCUGCAGCUACUCAUUCAGCACAUAGGCAGCUGGCCAGACACACAAUUUCUGAUCUGGAACAAAACUGAUGCAAACAAAGCAAUCCUAAGAGAUGCCCAGGCCCCACUUGUGCCUUUUUGAACGCUGAAACACUACACCACAGCUUGGAGGAACAAAUCCAGAGAUUCCUGCCAUAUGGAAGAAAAUUAAAGGUUUCUGUCACCUGCUCUGUCCCUGGCCUUGGCCUCAGUCAGAUGCAGAUUCUCUCACCAUGCUGCUGACCUCUGCCACCUCAGCUUGCUUACUGCCUGAUGGCCUCUCUGGGCCAAGAGAUCUUUCCCAGGGCAGGUUUGGGACCACUGAAGCAUCUGGCAAAGCCUUGUAGCUGGGGACCAAGCAAACCUCACAUCUAACCCCUGAGAGUGAGAAAGAGACAAAGGAGCACCAGAGCUUUGGUGGGCCCAUGUCCUCUUCCCCUAACCAGCUGCCAGUGGCACAGGUUGCAAAGGGCUUGGGAAACACCCCUGCCUCAGUGGGGAAUUGCAACAGUCAGAUCUGCCAGGCUGAUGCUGCUGGAGCCACAGGACAGCAUGGAAGCAGGCAACAUCAGCAACGCUGUUAUUUC